CGUAAUAAUAAAAUUUGAAGUUUCUCUUCGUAAAAACUCACUUUGUUUGCCAACAGACUGCGGUUCUCGUAUCGAAUGGUUUGUUCUCAUAUAUAAUUGCGAUGUCUUUAUUCCCAGCGUAUUCCUCAAGCGUUUCGAGUAAUCCAGCAGUGUCAGUACCUUCCAAGCCUAACGAUUUAUCUUGGCUGUCGAACCAAAGCUUUAUCGCUUUCCCUAGCGCCGGUAAUCGCGAUGAUGCCUCCGAGUCGGAUCAAAAUAACAUAGGGGCGAUUGAAACGAACACCAGAUCCAAUCGUUCAUCAAAACGCGAACGGAAGAAGAAGAAAAAGAAACACCACAAAAAGCGGAGGCAUUCUUCGAGCGACAGCGAGAGCAACCCCGGGGAGACCGAUGCGAAGUCGAAAUUGCUACUGCAACCACCGGUGGUGGUUUCUGAGCUUGAAUAUUACACCGACUUGGAUGCGCUUAAGAUUUAUCUUACGGUGGAGACUCUGCAUCGUCCAGCCUGUCCCAAGUAUCGAUUGGGUUGCUAUCGCUUUGGUAGAAAAGGAAAAUUUCAGGGUGCAAAAAUUCAGCGAUACUUUCGGUAUUUUAAAAAAGCCAAGCAAUUCACGAAAGAUUCCGAGUGGAAGGAUGAUAUCAAGGACAAAGAGAUUGAGAUGGAAAAAGACGCCCGAAGUAAUAACUCGGUCGAGAAAUGGAUUGAUUACAUAGAGUUCAAGGAAAAUCAUCCGGUUCAUAUGGAUAGUUAUCAGAAUCAUAAGGCAGAGCUUGCCAUCAUCGAGAAAGCCAUGCGAUAUCAUCCCGACGAUGAAAGACUGCUGCAGCUGUAUCUUGAGGGUAUUGUGAAGGUUCAUCCAACGGACGAAGUGCUGGAAAUGAUCCAGAAGCUGAUUUCGAAGGAUAACACGAACGUUCUGCUGUGGGAUGCCUUGAUUAGCAACAAGCAGUCUGCAAUGGCUCAGUGUAUCGCUCCGAAUGUGCUGAAAUUGUAUGAAAAAAGCACGCGCUCGCUAUUCAUGGCAAAAAGAAGUGACGAGGUGAUGUUGAGAUUUUUCAAGAAGUGCGCAACUUUCUGUAGACAAGCCGGCCUCUGGGAGCACCUUUUCGGGUUGAUACAGCUGACCGUCAGUUUAAACGUGAGCACCACUUUCGCAAGUGGGAAACAUUUGUUCGCUUCGCCAGAGCAUUACCAUCAGCUGAUCGAAUACGAGGAGUUGAUUCUCAAAUCGGGACUUCCCAUGAACGAGAUCUGGUUGAGGAUCGAGAAACUCCGUAGCGCUUUCCAUUUCCUGCCCUUUGGGGGAACAAAUAUGUGCAGUGAUCCCCAAAGGAUGGUUCUACACGAGGAUGUCAUCGGUUUUGUGUAUCCACUGAUCAACAAAGAGUAUUCCUUCGAUCUCGUAAUUCUGAUUCUGAAACUUAUGAAAUAUCCUUUCGAGAGCAGCGCCUUCGAGAGAUGCACUGUUUUCAAACCAGAACCAUAUGAAUCCGAUCACGCCGAACAGCUUCUCCCCCUGCUGUUGGAUCUUAACAGAAACAGGAAAGUCGACUCGGUUGUGAUGAAUCUGAUAAAGGAGCUUUGCACGCCACCUUCCUUCAUCAACACAAACCUCGCCUUCGAAUCGUAUCUCGAUGUGAUGCGAGAGUUGCUGAUAUCUGCUUCGGAGUAUUUCUCUGACGAAAAAAAUAUUGCGUUACUUCUGCUCUAUCUGAAACUUGAACGGAUCCUAAUUGUGAACGAUAAGACCAUGGAGAACCUUAAUGACGAACGGAAAAAGUCAUGCCGAGGACGGAUAAAAAAACUGCUCAAGAACAGUAAAUACCAGAACGAGCUUGAAUUUUACGUUGAGUACGGACUGAUUGAGUAUGAGAUGGAAGGAUUCGGAACAAGUUGUAUGAAGAUUUUUAACACUUCCAUUCAAAUGUUCUGUUCUGCGGAAGACCGUUCAGAUGAUAAUGAUUUGUUCACACUCGUGCUUAGACUUACCGAAAUCCUACUGAAAGAGAACAGAAAAACGGAAGCAAUUCAUCUGAUGACCAAACUUGCCCUGAACCCAAAUGAGAUUUCUCUAAACCCUUCAGAUUCUGUUGGGGAUCCAUCGAAACUACUGGCCCUGCAAAAGUUGAAAGAUCGUGCCAAUCAUCACUUACAGGAAGAUGAUCAUGGUGAACAUAUGCUGCUGGAACAGUAUUUCAGACCCAAUCCUACAGUUAACAGUUUGAAAGUGUAUCUCUAUUAUAUGGCACUGAUUAAAUCCAAGGCGGAAACCAUCAGAAAAAUCGAUGGGUUUCUGUUUCACUUCAACAACGUGGACAACCAACGCCACGCCUACAUUCGGGAGCAAAUCUUCGAAAUUUAUCUCAAAAUCCUAGAAUUCCGGCUAGACGAAUUCAGCAACAUCGGCUUCAUGCAAGUGAUCGAUCGAGUUUUGCACGAAUAUCCGGACAAUCUUAACGCCAUCCGGUUGUGCACUUUUUCCGAAUCACUUUCGUGGUUCCAGAUGCGAACCAUUCUGGGCAAACGUCUGACCACGACGUCCGUCCUGCUGAUGGUGGCAGCCGCUCGCAUAAGGAACCUCUACUCGACGGUAGGCGAUGAGAAUGAUUGCAAACGAGGUGGGGAAACGUAUAAACGCCGCAUACUGAACUUGCUGAAACACGCUGUCCGAAGAGAGUCCACCCUGCGUCAGAAUGCUCUUCUGUGGAGACUCUAUUUGCGGGAGCUGUUUGAUCAGCCGAACUGCACGAGGACGGAAACUGGGCGCAAUGUUUUGGAGGAUUGUAGAAAAACGGUUUAUAUGGCCCUGGAGGCGUGUCCGUGGAACAAAGCUCUGUAUUUGGAUGGGGCGUUUUUUGCACCGCAAGAGCUUUCCCAGCUGCUGGAUUUGUUGAUGGAGAAGCAACUGAGGAUUCACGCUAUACCCGAGGAACUGGAAAUUUUGCGGAAUGAAUGAAUGAGUGUGUUUGUAUGGUUGAUCUGUAAAUAUAUUGUUUU